GACCACAGAGCAGAGGCAGUUCUAUGAAGACAAUGGGUACCUGCUCAUCAAGAAUCUCGUUUCUGAUGAGGACAUUGAGCGCUUCAGGAAGGAGUUCACGAGGAUCUGUAAAAGAGAGGUGAAGCCACCAGGAAUUAUGAUUAUGAAAGAUGAGUCCCUGAAGUCCCAGUUUGGUCAGUCUGAAAAAGUGGUUAAUAAGGUGCAGGACUUCCAGGAAGAUGAAGAGCUGUUCAGAUACUGCACUCUGCCAGAGGUCCUCAAAUAUGUUGAGUGCUUCACAGGGCCAAACAUCAUGGCAAUGCACACCAUGCUGAUAAAUAAACUUCCAGAUUCUGACAAACAGACUUUUCUGCACCCCAUGCAUCAGGACCUGCACUAUUUCCCGUUCCGGCCUGCGUCCCGCAUCGUGUGCGCCUGGACCGCCAUGGAGAGGGCUCACCAGGACAACGGCUGCCUGGUCGUGCAGCCAGGGACACACAAGACAACCCUGAAGCCUCAUGGUUAUCCAGAGAGUAAAACCAACAAACUUUUCCAUGGACUGCUUGAUGAAGAUGAGAAGAUUCCCAAGGUUCACCUUGUCAUGGAGAAGGGAGACACAGUGUUCUUCCAUCCCCUGCUCAUUCAUGGCUCUGGGAUAAACAGGACAUCAGGGUUCCGAAAGAGCAUCAGCUGCCACUUUGCCAGCUCAGAGUGCCACUACAUCGAUGUCAAGAACACGACUCAGGAAGACCUGGAGAAGGAGAUGCAGGAAAUGGUUUGCAAGAAAUACGAUGCGACUUCUGUGGAGCUCAAGGAUGUUUUUUAGCCAGAGUUGAAGUUU